GUGAAGGUUGACGUCAUCUGCACAAGACGGCGCGUGUUCCAUUUAUCCAUCCAUCCAUCCAUCCAUGCAGGAGCAGCCAAUACAUAUUCACACAGCGCAUGAUGGAUGCAUCCAAAUAAAACGUCACGUGAACAUGUCCGCCACACACCACACCCCUCCCCUCCCCGGUCACCAAACCACCCAAAAGUGCUUUGUACAACUGCUGUCCGUACGUAUGUGUGUGUGGGCUUUGGGCUAUGUGAUGUGCGCCCCACACUGCUGUGCAGUGGGUAUGUGCGCGGGUCGGACCUCUCAUGGACAUGGAUGCCAUGCAGCCGCAAGAAAACGAUAUAGCACACACAUACAAGCCACCAACACACGCGCACACACCACACACAUCGCCCACACACGUCACUGCAAAACCUCAAAAAGGCGGGAAAGAGCCGCCCCCACCCCUCCAUCCCCCCCUCCCUCCCUCUCCUGCGACACAAGCACACAGCCGUGCAAGCGGCAAUCAAUCGGUUGGUAUCCACACAGGUGAGGCAGCCGAGUCAGUCAGUCAGUCAGUCAGUGAGUAUGCGUGUGUCUAGGUGAGCGGGCUAAGGUACUCGUUCAUCCGACCAUUGUCCAUCAGAACUCCGCGUUGAGGUCGAAUUUCUGCAUCUCCAUGCCGGCCAUGACGCCGGCCUUCUGGUACUCGCCAACGCGCUUCUCGAAGAAGUUGGUCUUGCCCUGACACCAGACACACCACGACAACACACACAUACAUCCACACACACGUAUGUGUGGUGUGUGGUGUGUGUGUGUGUGUGUUUGUGCCUGGAGUGAGAUGAGUUCCAUCCAGUCGAAUGGGUUGGUGACGUUGAAGAGCUUGGCGUACCCCAAGGCCACCAGCAGACGGUCGGCCACAAACUUGAUGUACUGAACCAUCAACUCUACAACACAAUACACACACACACACACACACAUGGAUGGAUGGAUGGAUGGAGAGAUGCGACGCACCAGUCAGUCGAGGAGCGAAAAGUGUGCGUCUCUGUGGUACGGUGUGCGCACCUGAGUUCAUUCCGAUGAGUGACACUGGGAUGGAGUCGCAGAUGAAGGUCUUCUCAACCUCAACCGCACUCGCGAUGAUCUCGUGAACGAACUAUCACACACACACACGUCCACCACAGAUGAGAUGGGCUCUUCCGUGUUGUAAGUGGUGGUGGUGGACACCCACCCACCCACCUCCUGGGGCAACUUGUGCUUGAGUUUCGAGUACAGCAGGCAGCCGAAGUCCUGCACACACACACAUGCGACGACCGAUGCCCAUCCACUGUCUGAACAUAUAGGCGUGUCGGUGGGUGUGACUCACCGCGUGGAGGCCCUCGUCUCUGCUGAUGAGCUCGUUGCUGAACGUCAAACCGGGAUUCAGGCCUCGCUUCUUCAACCUGAUACAUAUUGCAACCAUGAUGGUCACGCAUAAAGGAUGCCGCUCAUGCCGUCCGUCACUCUUCGGCAUACCGACCAGUAGAUGGCGCAGAAGCUGCCCGAGAAGAGGAUGCCCUCGACGGCGGCGUACGCGACGAGCCGCUCGUGGAAUGACCGGUCCUUGUCCAUCCACUUGACGGCCCACUCGGCCUUGACCCGCACCGCGUCCACCGUCUGGAUGGCGUGGAACAACUUGUCCUUCUCGCCCGAGUCCUGUGGCAGGCACCACCACACACAACACACACACGCGCGUGUGUGGGAGGGUGGGGGCUGGGGCCCGAGAGGGUAAGUGUGUGAGUGAGUGACCUUGAUGUACUCGUCGAUCAUGACCGAGUAGGUCUCCGAGUGGAUGUUCUCCAUGGCGAUCUGGAAGCCGUAGAAGGCGCGGGCCUCAGGCACCUGCACCUCCUGCAGAAACAACGCCGCCAAAUUCUCCAACACUAUGCCGUCACUGACAAACGAUUUGCCACACACAGACAAGGCACACAGGCGAACCGGAUGGGUGCGGUGUGUGUUGGGGGUGCGGUGUGGCUUGGAUGGGUGAGGUGCGUGUGUACCGUACCUUGCUGCGAAGAACGCGAGGACGUAUUUGAUGAAGUGCUGCUCGUUCUCGCUCAGCGACGCCCAGUCAGACAUGUCCUGAUACACACACACACACGCACCAUAACAAACCGAGAUCCAUCCAUCCAUUAGCCACACGUGACGUUGACCUGUUGUAUCUGUCUGUGUCGGCAUCUGUGUCUGUGUGGUACCUGUGCGAGGUCGAUUUCCUCAGUGGUCCAGAAGGACGCCUUGGCCUUCUUAUAGAACUCCCAGAUGUCCGCGUGCACCACCGGGAAGAUGUUCUGACACACAACACACAACACACAACACACAUACAGACGUGCAGGCGUCCAUCCAUCCAUCCAUCCAUCCAUCCAUCCAGAUCUGCCUCGCUGCACUCACUGCACUGGUCACCUUGCGUUCCGACACCGGGUUGAGGAGCCAUUCCUCCUUCUCGUACUGCUUGAACCGCGCAGACAGCUCACUCGACGACAUCCUCAGCCGCUAUGCUACCAAACGCAC